AUGGAGUCCCUCGAAGGGCGCCAUAUCCAAAACAUGAGCGCAGCCAUGCAGCUCGAACCACACUGGGGAUAUGCAGACCGAGCCCUGCCUUGCACCGGCGACUCGUGCGAGUAUCUCGACCUCGUGUAUGCAGCCCACGACUACAGUAUGCUGUACUGCGGCAUCAUGUACUCCGUCGUCUUUGGCGUCCUUCUCCUCUGGGCCUCUGGCCGGAGACUCUGGCCCAGGCACCGCAACAGUUCCAUCAUCACCACCGCCGACGUCGAGAAGACCACCGAGGUGACCCUCCCUACAGCAGCGACCUCCUGGCGAGUGCGGAGUGCCAUUACUGCCACCUGCCGGAGACGGUUGCUUCCUGAGGCCACGCGGGCCGUCUUUGGCAGGACAACACGCCUCCAGGUGCUCAUCCUCGCCGUCAUCGCCGCCUACCUCAUUGUCUUCUCCUUCGCAGGCAUGUGGUACCGCCAGUGGUUCACGGCGGCCAAGAACAGCGAGCCGGGCACCGUCACGACGCGCACGACGCUCGGCCCGUGGUCGAACCGUGUCGGCGUCCUGGCUUACGCCCUGACACCCUUCUCCAUCAUGCUGUCGUCGCGCGAGUCGCUGCUGAGCGUGCUGACGGGCCUGCCGUACCAGAGCUUCAACUUCCUGCACCGGUGGCUGGGCUACAUCAUUGUCGCGCAAGGGGUGUUGCACACGGCCGGCUGGCUCGUUGUCGAGCUCAAGCUGUACCAGCCCCAGCCCUACGUGCCGCUCCAGCUCUUCAAGGAGGUCUACAUGUGGUGGGGGUGCAUCGCCACGUUUCUGCUCCUGGUGCUCUUCGCGCUGAGCACGCCCUGGGCCGUCCGCCAGACCGGCUACGAGUUCUUCCGCAAGGCGCACUACGUCCUCGCCAUGGUCUACAUCGGCUCCCUGUACGGCCACUGGGACAAGCUCUCGUGCUUCCUCAUCCCCGCCCUGCUGCUCUGGGGCCUCGACCGCCUCGUCCGGCUGGCCCGCACCGCCCUCGUCCAUCACCAGUUCGUCUCGGCGUCCUCCUCACUGAGCUUGGGGUUCCGCCCAGCACAGGCCGAGAUGACGCUGUUCCCGGACGCCGAGCACGGGGACGUGGUCCGCCUCGACUUCCAAUUCUCCCAGGACCCGUGGGCCGUCGGGCAGCAUUUCUACUUGUGCUUCCCUGCGUGCAGUAUCUGGCAGUCGCACCCGUUCACGCCGCUCAGCCUGCCUCGUCUCGACCAAGCCGGCACCGUCACCCACUCAUACAUCAUCCGCGCAAAGGCCGGUGAGACGAGAAAACUCGCUCAGUUGGCCGCCGCUCAGCAGGAGAAUGACAAGAAGGCGGCGCAGCACGAAGAAACCCCCACCAACAACACCACCCCGGUCGUCCUGUCCGGCAGCUAUGGAGAGUCCAUCACCGCCACGCUGACGCCCGACAUCAACGUCCUGUGCAUCGCGGGCGGGACGGGCAUCACCUAUGUCCUGCCCGUGCUGCUCGAGCUGGCCGCCGCCGCAGCCCCCAACAACACCCCGUCUCACGUGGGAGAAAGAAGCAGGAGGAUCGAGCUCGUCUGGGCGGUCCGGCGGAGGAAAGAUCUGAUGUGGGUCGCGCCAGAGCUCGCGCGGCUUCGCGAGGCUGCUGGAGAGACGACGCACGGGAUCGCCGUCCACAUCUUUGUCACGCGCGAGGGUGAGGGCGAGCCAGAUGAGGAAAAGGAGACAGUUCCUGGUGAGGGCGAAGCGUCGUCGAGUGAUGUCGCCGACAAGGAGACGGGAGGAUGUUCCGGAUCGAGUAGCAGCCUAGGGGCAGACUCUUCGCCGGUGCAGCAGCAGCAGAAGAAGAACAAGAAGGACGGUCGUCAUCCCGACCUGCAGAAGAUCGUCGGCGACUUCCGGGCGAACACGAUCCGCGGCUCGACUACUGUGUUUGCUAGCGGGCCUGGCGGCAUGCUCAGUGAUUUGCAGUCAAUAGUUGCCGCCUGCAACUCUGGCAGGGACGUCUGGAAGGGAGACCAGCGCGGUGACGUGCGGCUUGUGUGCGAUGACCGGAUGGAGUGGUGA